AUGGCGGCGCAACAGCAGCUGCGCAGCACCGUUCCUGCCGCAGCCAUCGCUGUGCUGCCGCAGCACUCUCGCCAGGACGCAAUCCACCAUCUGCGAUCCCGCCACAGAGACAACGUGCUCGCGCUCCUGCGGGGCGCCCUCCUGCGCGGCCACUUUGCCACCGCAGCCGGCGCCAUCGCAGUGCUGCUGGGGGCGGAGACCUUCAGCCUCGGAUCCAGGCCGCACGCGGUCCUGCAGCAGACGCGGCGCACCGACCGGAUGGCAGAAGUCGUGUGGGCGGCGCUGGAGCUGCUCAGACGCCAGGCGGCGUCAACGGAGCAGCUGCGCCGCUUCCUGCGCAAGGCGGCCCACUUGUUCGCGCCCGUGCCGGCCAUCAGGGAUUCUGCCCUCGCUGAGCUGGCGAUUGUGCUGUGGCAGCAGGGGGACCUACCACAGGCCUAUGAUGUGCUCAGCGGCGCUGCCGCCCCCGGGACGGCGCCGGCUGCGGCCGCUGCGGCGGCGCCCGCAGGCUGGCGUGCCGGUGCGGGCCGCGAUCGUGCCGGGCGCUUCAGGUCGCUGGCGUUGAUGGGCGUGCUGCGGCACAGGCAGUGGCUGUCGGCGGUGGGCGCGGCGGCCCCGGUCGUGGACCUGGGGGCGUCCGGCGUGCUGGGCCUGGCCCUGCGGCCGGGGGUGGCGCGCGGCCAGGGGGGUGCCGCAGAGGUGUGGGCCAAAGACGCGGAGAAACACCUCCUGGACGCGCUGCACCUAUGCCCGCGCGUCACAUGGGUCGCGCUGCUGCUGGCCCAGCUGCAGCUGGCGGCCGGCCGCGUGGACGAUGCCCUGCAGCUGGCGCGCAGCUGCUGCUCGGCUUCCCCCCAGGACGCCGACGCGUCGAAGCUCCUGGCGGUGCUGAUGGCGCAGCAGAGGACAACGGGCAGCGGCCAGGCCCCGCAGCAGCGGCGGCGCAGCACGGCGCGGCGGCGCGCGAGCGUGGUCGAAGAGGGCGGCGGGCACGGCACCCCUCAGGGGUUGGAGGGAGGCGGCGGCGGCGCGGCGGCGGGCGAGGACGGGGGCCGGCACGGCUUGCGGGACCAGUGCAUGGAGGCUGUUGGGCUGGACCCGUGGUCUUACGGCGCCCUGUCGGUGCUGUCGCAAGGCGCCGGCCACUGCCCCGGCUGCGCGGCGGCCUGGGCCAAGGCGCUGCUGCUGCACCUUGACCUGGCGGGGCUUCCUGAAUACGAGGGGCCGCCCGAUCUUGAACUGCCCGAUGAUGUCACUGGUGAUGCUGUUGUCACCACCCCUGGUGAUGACAUCGUGCCAGGCGGCGGGCCGGAUGCAGCGACGGGGGCAGGGCAAGGCGGUGUAUUGCCGGGUGGAGGCGUUGCCACAUGUUGUGGCCCGUGGGGCGCAGCGGCGCUGGCUCUGACGCGGCUCGCAGGCCCCGCGGCAGCGGCGGCUGCAGAGCUGCUCACGUUCGAGCAGGCGGCAGCAGGAGCUGUUGCCGCCGGGCAAGCAAGCCCGGCGGUAGCAGCCGCGGGCCCUGAGCAGAGUGCUGCGCUCGACGCUUGGGCGGGCAGCCUGGACGACGCGCUUGGAGAGCGGCGUGCGUGGUGGCCCGAGGCGAUGGGGUCGCCGGGUCUACUCUUGCCUCCUCGCACUGCUGUGCCGCGUGCUACGGAUGAGCACGCUGCGGAUGCGGACAGCGAGGGACGGCGCGAGCAAGCAGGGACAGGAACAGCGGCAGCAGGGUCAGUAGCAGCAGCAGCAGCAGCAGCAGCCGCGGCUGCGGAGGCACUGUCAGAGGACGGGUCAGAUGACAGCAAUGGCGGUGGCAGAAGCGAGGACGGCAGCGAGCGUGCGGUGCCUGGCCGUGCGCUGGCUGCUUGGGAGCGGCGGCUGGUCUGCAAAGCCAUCGUGAUGGCAUUUGUGGGCAGUGCAGACGCCGGUGUCAAAGGUGGUUAUGCAGGACGCGCUCUUCACCUUCUGCGGCAGCGUGCGGAUUGGCGGUGCGGGCGGCAGCGGCGGGAACGGCUGGGACGAGCGGACGGCGAGGAUGAGGAGGGGCAGGAAGAUGAAUGGCAGCAGCAGCAGCAACAGCAGCAGCAGCAGCCGCAGCAGCAGCAGCGGCGGCGGCGGCAUCGGCAUGCCAUGUGUGAAGCUGGGCCAACGGCGAUGGACGUGGAUCAGUAUGUGCAGCAACGCGUGGGCCCAGGCCAGCGGCUGCUGACUGAGGGAAGCGGCGCUGGCUGCCAAUGUCUGCUAGAGCUGCUCAGCAGUUCCAGCAUCGCUGCCUGGACGCCCGCCGCCUGUGCAGACGCCCUCGAGCAGGCCGUCGCUCUGUCCCUCGCCCUUGCCGCGCACUGCGAGCGGUUACGGCGCGCCCGCGAUCUGGCGGGGCUCGGCGGCAGCGGCGUGCGGCCAAAGCGGUUGCUGGGGCAGCCGUCGCCAGAGUUUGGGGCUCUGGUGGACCUGCCGCUUGCCUGGUGGAUGGCAUUUCCUGCCAAGCGCCGGCGGCUGCUGUCUGAGUUGCAGCAGGGGCCCGCGGGCAGUCAUGAUGGGGAUGGGGGUGUUGGACAGCCGCAAGGAGGCCUGCUGGCCCGGCUCCUGGCGCAGCAGAACGGUAGCGCUAGAGGUGGCGCAGACGGUGCUCAUGCUGCGCGCGGUGGCAGCGGCGCCCGUACAGACAGCAGCAGCAGCGAAGAUGGCGGCAGCCUUGACAAUGGCAGCGGGGACGCGGUUGGCAGCAGCAGCGAGAGCGCCAGGGGCAGUGCGAGUGGGAUGGAGGAGGACGAAGAGAGCUUGCAGGGCAGCGACAGCGAAGGCGCCUCCGAGGAGGGGGACGAGGCGCGGGCGAGCCCAAGCAGCGGCAGGACAGCGGGUUGGGGUCACAGCAGCAGCAGCAGUGGGGCUGAGAGCGGCAGCAGCGCUGGGUACGGUGAGGAAGAGAGCGAAGGGGGCAGCGGCAGCGGCGAGGACAGCAGCAGCAUCAGCAGCCGCGACGACAGCGGUGAUGGGAGCAGUGACUCGGGUGACGACAGCAGUGGCAGUGGCGGCCACAGGGCAGAAGCACGAGCGGCCACCCUGCCAGCAGUGUGA